GUUAUGUUUUAACAGAAAAAUAUAGCACCAUCUAACGGUUUAAUCACAUAAUAAUAAGAACCAAACUUUCUCAAUCAACCUUUGAUGCCAAUAAUGACCAACUCCUAAUCAUCUCAUGCAAAACAAAAACCAUUCUUCCCAUCAUUUUACCUACCUUUGUGUCCCUUCAAUCCCUUGACAUCCCCGCUCCUCAUUCUGGCAUGGAGGAGCGGUCACCAACUGCCGGUGGCAAAGCCAGAAACCUCCUUUCAUCAGCCACAUCGCUUCGCCUCUCUCUCUCACCUGCUCGCUCACCGGAUCAUACGUACGUUGUCCAAAUCCCUCGUGACCAAGUUUAUCGUGUCCCUCCUCCUGAAAAUGCCAAAAUUGUGGAAUAUCAUCGCCAGCCAGCUACUCAAAAGAAAAGGAAAUGCACAUGUUGUUGUUGGGUCUUGUCCGCAUUACUCCUCAUAGGUAUCAUAAUAGGAAUUAUCGUGUUGGUCAUUCAUACAAUGUAUGCCCCAAAAUGUCCUCAAUUUUCAAUCACUAGUGUCCAUUUUAAGAACGCUACGCAGCCAUCAAAUGGCCAAAAGAAUAAGAGUCAUCCACAAUCACACCCUCAAUUUGAGAUCGAGUUGAAAAUCUUUAACGUAAAUGAGAAAAUGGAUGUUGUAUUUGGUAAGGGAAAUAAUGGGAAGGCAACCCUUAUUUUCAAGAAAAAUGAAAUUGGGCAAGGGAAAUAUCCCUCAAUUUCCCAAAAUCCUAAGGAUUCAACCAAUUCUCAUUUUAAUCUUGAUGCUGGGAAAUUGACUGGUGAUAUUCAAAAAAGUCUUAAUUAUGACAAGAAGCCUAUACCAAUGACUUUGAGCAUUAAUGCACCAUUGGAGAUAACAAGCUGGGCAAAAAAUUUAAAAAAAGAUCUGUCUGUUACGUGUGAUUUCGAUGUUGAAUCAGUGAAAAGUAAAUCCAAGGUCAAAUCAGAAGACUGUCACACUAAUUUCUAAUGCAAAGAAGAUAGAUCGUGAAUGGAAAAUUUUAACAGACAAAGUAAUUUCUUCGUGGUUUAGAUGCAUUUAUUUGAAAUUUAUCACCUAUUUCUCGGUUAAUUUUCAAGCUAGAGUCACACGUGCCUAAUGAUCACCAGUGCUGUAAGUUGUAACCUCUUUUCUUCAAUUCUGUUCUUGUAUUUCUGCCUUUUUUUCCUCCUCAUUUGAUUACCUAAGUUCUUUGUUCUUUUGAAAUUUGGCUGUCAAGUGUUGUAUAAGGUAUAUAACUUGAACUGUUAGAUUGAAUGAAGUGUAAAGAAUUUUACUUUA